AUGCCUCUUUACUCAUACUUGAUUCUCCUUCAUGCAGGCAUUGGAGAUGUCUCUGAAAUGAGGUCGGCCCCGUUUGGGGAAAAGACCGAGUCCCCGAUUCCAAAAUCAGGGAAAGAUAAUAAGAGGAAAAAGGUCUCAAAGACCGAGGACUCCCAAGAUAAAAAGGCUCCAGCUCGAAAACGCAGGAAAAGUCUCAUUCCAGUGGAUAUAGAAUCGUUCAACCAGCUAGAUGAUGAAGAAGAAGACGAGGGUGAAGACUCGGUGCUGGUAGAUCGAGCCAGGAAGCCGCUUGAAGCUGCCAAGCCCUCCGAGCCGGAGACCCUGCCUCGUGAUGAUGAGGCUUCGAAUAAAGAUGCGAGCAAAGCCCCUGAAUCGCCCGAGGUCGAGAUUGUUCCUCGGCCAUCAACAAGCACACCGGAAAGGGCAGGUUCCGAGAUCCCUAGGGCUGAACAGAGCGCCCCGAGUGAUUUGCUUGGGGCCAUGACAAUAGGUCACUCUCCCUCGAUGCCGACUUAUUAUAAGGAGGCCAUAAGGGAGGCUCAGGCUCUGCAAAUGCCUGACUUAGGCGGAGUCCCCAGUGAAGAGGAUCCCUUCCGGGAUUGCUUUACCAGGGUUGAUACCGCCGCCGAUCUCAACGAUGCUUUCACCAAGUUUAGGGCCGACCUGAGCCAAUGUGAGGCCGAGCUCCAGAAGACCUCAGAGGAGAGGAACGCUUUGAAACUCCUUUGCGGUCAAAUGGAAAAGGAUCUCAGGGACCUCCGGGCAGACUUGGCUAAGGCUCGUAAGGAUGAGGCCGAGCUAGAUAAGUAG